AUGGCCACAGUAGCAUCAGCUACUAUAGGUGCACCACUCGAACAUCAGAAAGACAUCCGAAAGGAAGACUGGUCUAAUGAGCUGAUUGAGCCCCAGUCUCAUGAUACCGAGACUGACCGAGUGAAUUUUCGCGGUGAUGGGCUUAAUACUGGAGUCCGAGUGCUCGGCGAUGGGCGAUUGGAUAUACGUAUCAAAGAGCGUAGGCCAAGUAUUGCAAGGCUGCUCACCCAUACUAUGCACACUCCCGUGCCAUCCGACCUCGAGCCUAGUAGUGGAAUAUCUAGCCGGAAGUCCGAGCCUACCAAUGAAGAAAAAGAGUUCCCUAUACACAUGAAUAUUGCUAUUCAAGUCAUCGGCUCUCGGGGCGAUAUCCAGCCGUUUGUGGCCAUAGGUAAAGAGCUCAAAUCACAUGGCCAUCGAGUACGUUUAGCUACGCAUUUAUCAUUCCGAGAACUUGUUCUCGAUGCUGGUCUGGAGUUCUUCAAUAUCGGUGGUGACCCUGAGGAGCUCAUGUCGUUCAUGGUCAACAAUUCUGGGCUUCUUCCAAGGUUUGACGCCUUCCGAAACGGUGAUAUUCAAAAACGCCGACGUGAUAUGCGACUCAUGAUAAACUCAUUCUGGAAUUCCUGUUGGGAAACGGGAGAUGGAACUCAUCUCCAUCAGAUAAAGGAAGACUUAUGGAGUGACACUGCCGAUUAUCGAACUCGGCCAUUUGUUGCUGAUGUUAUUAUCGCAAAUCCACCUAGUCUAUCACAUAUUCAUUGCGCGCAACGACUAGGUAUACCUCUUCACAUUAUGUUCACAAUGCCAUGGACGCCGACACAAUACUUUUCACAUCCCCUUGCUAUCCUACAUCAGCAUGACUGCAAACCAUCAGUUGCCAACUUUGUCUCAUAUGCCAUCGUAGAGAUGAUGGUCUGGGAGGGCCUUGGUGAUAUCGUCAACAAAUUUCGAAAGUUGAAGCUAGCUCUUGAUCCCUUGGACGGCAUUACUGCGCCUAGUUUGAUUCAUCGCUUGAAAAUCCCCGUCUCAUACUUAUGGUCGCCGGCUAUUCUCUCAAAACCAGCAGACUGGGGUGAUAACAUUGAUAUUUGCGGCUUUAGCUUCCUCCCAUCCAAGCCGGACUACACACCACCCGAGGAAAUUGUAUCUUUCCUCAAGGCGGGACCCACUCCUAUAUACAUCGGUUUUGGCUCUAUUGUCGUUAAUAAUCAAAAAAGCUUAACAAACAUAGUGUUUGAAGCCAUCAAGAGAUCUGGCCAACGUGCAAUUGUUUCAAGAGGCUGGGGAAAUAUUGGCGUGGACGAUAGCGAAGUACCAGAUAAUAUACUUGUUAUUGGAAGUUGUCCACAUGACUGGCUAUUCCGACAUGUUUCAUGUGUGAUUCAUCAUGGCGGUGCUGGUACAACAGCAGCAGGUCUUGCGCUCGGAAAACCAACCAUCAUCAUUCCAUUCUUUGGAGACCAGCAGUUUUGGGGAGAUAUAGUGGCUCGCGCUGGCGCAGGCCCUGCUGCCAUUCCAUACAAACAGUUAACGAUUGAAAAACUGAGCGACGGGAUUGAUUUUGCCUUGAAAAGCGAAACCUUAGAAAAGGCUCAAAAGAUUGCAGAGAAAAUGCAGGAUGAAAACGGCGUGCGAGAUGCUGUACGCAGCUUUUAUCGUCAGCUAGAUCCAAAGGCUAUCCAAUGUGAAAUCUGCCCAUCUCAGCCUGCUGUCUGGCAUGUCAAACACACUGAAAUUGGACUGGGCGCCUUUGCAGCUGCCAUUUUGGUAGAAUCUGGGAGAAUUCGACCUGAGGAGCUUGUCUUGAACCGACCCAUGGAGUACGACACUUACCGUGAUCCUACAGGUCCAAUCACUGCUGGGGCCCAGGUUCUUCUUGGGGCUAUUGCCAACUUCAUGACCAGUUUGGCAGAUGUCCCCACUGAAAUUGUACAAGAGAUAUGGACUGCUGGUCGCGCAAUGAGUCACCCACAUAAACCCUUUGAUCCGCACAAGAAGUGGCAGCGACGAGCAUCCGAAUUUAGCGAGGAUUCGGACAUUGACAAGUCUGUAAAGGAUAGUGCCAGCUCAAGUCGAAGCUCCAAGGAAUUCUCACUGGGGCAUUUUCACAGACGUUCUACUCAACAGAAAGCCGAACGUGCCGAAGCCGCACGUAUUGAAGCCGAGCGCCUUGAAGCCGAAAAUAUCGAAGCCGAACGAGUUGAAGAUUCCGAUUCUGAUGACACAUCUGACAGCGACGACGACACCCACACAGGCGAUUUACUCCCUGUAGCCUCAUUAGAAAGGAACCGCAGCCUGCAGCUUGCCAAAUCACAAUCCAUGAGCAGCGAGGUUCUAGCUCCUACCUCAAGAAGUAUAUUUUUCGAGGCUUUAGUUCAUGGAAGCAGGAUGUCCAAAAAAUUUAUCAACUUGUUGAUUUGGCUCCCAACCGAUCUUUCGCUCAGUCUUGCCAAGGGCUUCCGCAAUUUACCCAAAGUAUGGCAUGAUCCCAUGGUUCAGCCAAUACCCAAGGUUAUCGGUAUACGAAGCGGAUUCAGAGCUGCCGGGCAAGAAUUCAUAGACAGUUUCUAUUACGGAUUCACAGGGUUAUUCACCCAACCCCAGUACGAAUACAGAAUGACAGGCGGAAAGGGAAUUAUUAAGGGCGUGGGAAAGGGUGUUGGCGGUGUUAUAAUGAAACCACCAGCUGGUCUCUUAGGGCUGGCAGGAUAUCCAUUGAAAGGGAUUCGCCGUCAUCUCUUAGACUCACUUGGCAAAUCUCAAGAUAACCAAAUCAUCGCAUCUCGCAUCACUCAAGGUCACGAAGAAAUGCGCGCAUCCACAUCUGAGCAAAGAGCAGAGGUUGCUAGACAGUGGGAAAUCAUUGAACAACAAUUGAAGAAGCAGGAAAGGCCAUGCUCCAUGCAUUUUAGAAUGCACCCAUUACAUGGAAGAGCUGACAGCCUGGUGGAGUAA